AUGAGUAACGUUGUGGGCUGUGAUUCUUCAUUUCCUAAUUCCUCCGACAUGCAGAUGUCUGGUACUACAUUACGCCGCCUAGAAGAUGAAAUUUCAGGAGAGGAGUCGCUGGCGAAAUCCAAGACAGUCGUAAGAGUUCCUGAUGCGGUACAACGCUGUGGCACUACCGCAUCGGAAUGCUCUUCAAUAUCUGAGUCAUCGGAGGCACACCCAGAGCAAGAUUUUGGAUGUACUGAGUACAGUGAACCCGUGGUUGCAGACCAGGAUGAUUCUGUCAACGCAUUUCAACAAGACACUUCGUCAGACUUAGUCAUAUUUGAUUAUGAUGACACCAUACUACCGACCUAUGUCCUUGCAUGCUCGCAGAAAAACUCAUCAGGGCAACUUCUCGACCCUGAAAAGAUAUCGGAUGGGCUAGAACGUCUGACUGAAGCUGUACUAGCUAAUUUGAACAAAGUUAUUCGGAUGGCUAGACUGGUUGUAGUAACAAAUGCUAGUUAUGAUUGGCUCACGCAAAGCUGUGAACGUUAUCUCCCUCGAAUCGCGGAGUUUUUUGCAGAGCAUAGUAUCCGCAUCAUUUCUGCUAGAGAUAGGUUGGAAAACAGCCUUUUAGCGCAGAGGCACUGGAAAUACUUCAUCUUCAUCGAUUUGAUCGAAGAAUAUUUCAUGGAUCAAUUAAAAGGUGCCAUGCCCUUCACUGUUACAUCAAUCGGUGAUGGCGCCGAGGAACGUGAAGCAUGUAUGAAAUUAGCCGCCAUAUUCAAGAACCAAAAGUGGGCUUUCAAGAACUUGAAGUUCUUGACACAACCAACCUUGGGAUGUCUCGUCCAGCAGCAUGUGCUGCUUGCAAAGUCUUUUGACAAUUUCUUCAAUAUGAAGUCAUCGGCUGAUCUUUGCAUUCUAUUUGACAAAAAUAAGUCCCGAAACGAGGCUUAA